UACGUUCAUACUGCGCAUGUCGGUCAAGGUCGUCGCACUAACAAACAACACGUAGGCUAUGCUAUCAAGAAUGUUUCUGCUGAAUAAUAUAGGAAACGUCAACGUGAUAACAAUAUAUGAAAGGUGCAUCAGGUAAUUAUGGACAGUCAAAUUACAAGAGAUGGUCGUCUGAUGGACCUGAUUGAUGAAAAAUGGCGGGAAGAUCAGCUACCAGAGGAAGAUAUUGCUGUACCACAAAUGGAAUUACCAGAAAUUGAACAAUUAGAGAAUGGACCUACAACAGAAACUUUAAAAGAACAAGAACAAAAGUGGACAGAUCUAGGUCUGUCUUCACUACAUGACCAACCUCCUCCUAGUAGUACAUCUUAAUCUAGAAUGUUUACUAGAAACUUUAUAAUAUAACAUUAUGAUGCAUUCUGUGUAAACAAGUCUGUGAGGAAAAUAUGAUGGGGUUAUGAGAUGACAAGUUCUGUAUUCUAAAUAGUGCUUCAGUGAUAAAUGGAACCAGUUCCAUUGAUUAACAGCUGUUGAUGACAAUUUAGUUAAAAAUAUUGUGAUGUGAUUGUUUUUAAACAAUCAUUGUUUUUAAACCAUCAUACAUCUCACAUAACUUAUUUUAUCUCUCUUAUUAUGACUUUUUUUUACGUAUUUUGUCAUAAAAACUUAAUUUUCAAAAUGAGAUAAAUAAGGUGGAUCACGAUUUGUUUAAAAUUUUUACCAAAGGGGAAUAAAUCAAGACGUCUUUAUAGUGUUUGAAUUUAAGAGAGCUUUCCUGAUGGAUUAUUUUAUCAGUGAAUCUUUCUUAUAAAGUACAAGUACAUAUAUGUUUUCAUAAACAAAUGAAAGAAGACUAGUUUGUUAUACAUUUCUUAUUACAUUAAUCUGGUGUUAUACAUAAUAGCUAGCCAUUUACAUAGGAAUGUGAAUAUAUUGCAUCAAUACAUUUAUUA